GUCACGGCCAGGUGCGUGCCGGCGAGCCGCCGAGUGGAGUCAGGCGGCCAGCAUGGUGCAGCAGGAGCCUACCGGGGCACCGGGGCUGGCGGCGGCCGGGGCGGCUGCUGCCGCCACCGUCGAGGUGCGGCUGUCCCGCCGUCGCUGGGCCGUGGUGCUGCUCUUUAGCAGCUACUCUCUGUGUAACGCCUUCCAGUGGAUCCAGUACGGCAGUAUCAACAACAUCUUCGUGCACUUCUACGAAGUGAACGCCUUCGCCAUCGACUGGCUCUCCAUGAGCUACAUGCUUACCUACAUCCCCCUGCUCUUCCCUGUUGCCUGGCUGCUGGACAAGAGGGGACUGCGCCUCAUCGCCCUGGUCGGCUCGGCCCUCAACGCUCUGGGCGCCUGGGUGAAGCUAGGCAGCCUAAAGCCGCACCUCUUCCCCAUCACCGUGCUGGGGCAGGUCAUCUGCUCCCUGGCCCAGGUUUUCAUCCUAGGCAUGCCUUCGCGCAUCGCUUCUGUCUGGUUUGGCUCCCACGAGGUCUCCACCGCCUGCUCCAUCGCUGUCUUUGGGAACCAGCUUGGCAUUGCUGUGGGCUUUCUGCUGCCUCCAGUUCUGGUUCCUAAUGUGAAGGAUGUGGAGAAGCUGGCCUACCACAUCAGUAUCAUGUUCUUCAUGACUGCAGGCGUGGCAACAGCCCUGUUCAUCCUUGUCAUCAUAGUCUUCAAGGAGAAGCCCCUGCACCCUCCCAGCCGAGCCCAGGCCUUAAUCCAGUCAAGACCAGCAGAGGAGUAUUCCUACAGGCAAUCAAUCCUCCGCCUGCUCCGCAAUACCAACUUCUUGCUGCUUACAGUCACUUAUGGUCUGAAUACAGGUUGCUUCUACGCCCUCUCCACUCUGCUGAGCCGCAUGGUGAUCCAUCACUACCCAGGGGAGGAGGUGAAUGCUGGCAGGAUUGGACUCACCAUUGUACUGUCAGGGAUGGUUGGGGCCCUGAUCUCCGGCAUCUGGUUGGACAGAACCAAAACCUACAAACAGACAACACUAGCUGUCUAUGUCAUGUCUCUGGGUGGAAUGCUAGUCUACACCUUCACCCUGAGCCUAGGCCGCCUCUGGGUGGUUUUUGUGACUGCAGGCAUGCUGGGGUUUUUCAUGACAGGUUACCUUCCCCUGGGCUUUGAAUUUGCUGCAGAGUUGACAUACCCAGAAUCAGAAGGGACAUCAUCAGGGCUCCUUAAUGUCUCAGCACAGAUUUUUGGUAUUGCCUUCACCAUCAGCCAAGGCCAAAUCAUGGAUCACUUUGGGACGAAGGCAGGAAACCUCUUUCUUUGUGCCUUUCUGUUCCUGGGGACCAUUAUGACAGCAUUCAUAAAGGCUGAUCUCCGAAGACAGCAGGCCAAUCUGGAUAAUCAAGAGACAAAAGUGAUGCCAGAAGCCCAUGGUGAUCCCAUAGUUCUUGAGGAAUCAAAGCUGUAAAGUGGAGGGGUGGCAAAGCUGGGAAAUGCACCCUGCCUCAUUCCCCUCUUUGCUACCACACUGUCCUCCUGUUACACACACACCAUGGCAGGGGGGGCAGC